AUGCUGCUGAGGUGGGCUUUGCAGGAGGACCUGAAGUCUGCGGUGAGGUGCGGUCAGGGGCUGUGGUCAGUCAUGUCAGAGACCUCCCCUCCUUGACAGCCCUCCUCCGUAUCAGCGGACCUGCAGGGAGACAGCUCCUUACAGGUGGAGAUCUCUGAUGCAGUGAGCGAGCGGGACAAGGUGAAAUUCACCGUUCAAACCAAGAGCUGCCUCCCUCACUUCGCCCAGACGGAGUUCUCAGUCGUGCGACAGCAUGAGGAGUUCAUCUGGCUCCAUGACGCCUACGUGGAAAAUGAGGAGUACGCCGGCCUCAUCAUCCCCCCAGCCCCUCCAAGGCCAGACUUUGAGGCUUCAAGGGAAAAGCUGCAGAAGUUGGGUGAGGGGGACAGCUCCAUCACGCGGGAAGAGUUUGCCAAAAUGAAGCAGGAGCUGGAAGCGGAGUACCUGGCUAUCUUUAAGAAGACAGUUGCAAUGCAUGAGGUCUUUCUGCAGCGCCUGGCAGCCCACCCUACCCUGCGUCGAGACCACAACUUCUUUGUCUUUUUGGAAUAUGGCCAGGAUCUGAGUGUCCGAGGAAAGAACAGGAAGGAGCUUCUUGGGGGUUUUCUGAGGAAUAUUGUGAAGUCUGCAGAUGAAGCCCUUAUCACCAGCAUGUCAGGGCUAAAGGAGGUGGAUGACUUCUUUGAGCAUGAGAGGACCUUCCUGCUGGAGUACCACACCCGCAUCCGGGACGCCUGCCUGCGGGCAGACCGUGUCAUGCACUCCCACAAGUGCCUGGCAGAUGAUUAUAUCCCUAUCUCUGCUGCACUGAAUAGUCUGGGAACACAAGAAGUCAACCAGCUAAAGAUGAGUUUCCUCAAAUUGGCAGAACUCUUUGAACGACUAAGGAAGCUGGAGGGCCGAGUGGCAUCUGAUGAGGACCUCAAGCUGUCAGACAUGCUGAGAUACUACAUGCGAGACUCACAGGCAGCCAAGGACCUGCUGUACCGGCGGCUUCGAGCACUGGCUGACUAUGAGAACGCCAACAAAGCACUGGACAAGGCACGCACUAGGAACCGGGAGGUGCGGACUGCUGAGAGCCACCAACAACAGUGCUGCCAACGCUUUGAGCGCCUCUCGGACUCAGCCAAGCAGGAGCUCAUGGAUUUCAAGUCCCGCCGUGUCUCCUCCUUCCGCAAGAACCUCAUAGAGUUGGCAGAGCUGGAGCUCAAACAUGCCAAGGCCAGCACCCUGCUUCUCCGGAACACCCUUGUCGCCCUCAAGGGGGAGCCUUAGUGCAGCCAGAGCCUACUUCAGAGCCUUUACUGGCAAAAGUCCCCCAGAUUCCCUACCCCAAGAUACCACCUCCCCAACCACAGCAG